AUGAGGUCCUGCGGCAUGCAGUUGUUCACCCAUACGCUCGCCCUCUCCGUCACACCCGCCGCACCAGCGGCUGACGGCAGCCCGCGGUGGCGCGUUGGCACCCCGAGGGGGACCAUCUGGUGCGCCAACGUCUUCCACGCGACAACCGGCUACGUGUCGCACCUCCUCCCCGGGUUCCUCGACAAAGAUUCGCGAGGUGGACGGCAAGCACCUCAUCUUCGGCGGCCGCGACCUCGCCCGUCCACGGGGUUGCACCGCCCCCUCGGCGACUGGGACGACUCGACCACCACGCCCGACAUCAUCCGCUCCCUGACAGAGUUCUCCGAGACGCACAUGGCGGUCCGGACCGGCGCCGGACCGCCGUGCUACGCCUGGUCCGGCAUCAUGGGCCUGACCCCGGAUGAGCUGCCCUACGUCGGCGCCGUGCCCGACUGCGCCGGUCAGUGGGUCGCCGCCGGGUACUCGGGACACGGCAUGGCAAGGGCCUUCAUGACAGCGCAGGCGCUGAUCCAGCUCUUCGCCCAGGACGACGUCGACUCGCGCGUGCCGGCCGAGUACUUCAAAAUUGCCGAGAGGCUCGCUCGAAAGGAUGACGAGUGGGAUCAGGUCCUUGAAAGAAAUCUCAAAGCGAACCCUCCUCCGGUUGUAUAA